AUGAGGCUUCACCCGACCAUCGCCAUCGGCGCUCUCCUUUUCGGGGGAGUAGCCAAUGCCGCCCCUGUGCUGCCAAGCGCACCCAACGCUACCAACUCCACGGCCGAGGUCUCGCGUCCAUCGUCGAGACUCGCUGAUGUGGUCCGCCAGUACAUGGUAGAUCGUACAUUCAUUCUUCCAGCUUUCGAGAAGGAUGAAACACUCCCUGACAAAAUCCCGACAAUCGCCGGCCCCCCUAAUCUUCGCAAUACUGAGGGUGAAUACCCCACUCCCGCGACUGAGACUCCCGAGAAUACUCCUGCGAUCUCUCGAAAGAGUCUGCAAUCCGAUACCAAGGCUCCGACCAAUAAACAGCGUCAAGCUUUCGAGCGAGCCUUUCAUUCAGCUAAGAAGACUCGUCACUCUCUGGAGAAGAUAUUGGAACACAAGAAUAAAGGUCACCCACUGGAUGGCCCUGAGGAUGCUCGUUUGCAAAUGGCUCUCUUACUCAAUGACCAGCUCAUCGACGUCCUAUGGUCGAAAUCGAUGCCCACACCUCCUGAUCCAUCCCCGAAACCGCGAGAUAAGCAUGGCAAAAUCAUCGAAGGUCUUGUCAACACGAGACCUUCAAUUCCAAUCCUGACGGAAAUCCCAUCCCCAGUCCCCACAGCAGUCCCAACUCCAGUGCGCAAUUCGGUCAUCGAACCUGGCCCCUGGGUGCGUCCAACCAUCGGAUCCGACCCCUUCCCAUCCGACGUCCCACCACCCGCUGGCAUGGAAGCUGCAACUUACGUCGAAGAAGUCUCUGUCCCCACGAAGACGAUAGAAAAGAGAGAGGCGCCACUGCCGGACGACCUCGAUUCUGGAGUGCACGCUCAAAUCGACGAGUGCAGAAAUGAGUUCAAAGAACUGACCGGACAUGAWGUGCGUUUCCCACCCAACGCGCCUUGGCGGCCAAAGACGACGAAUAUGGUUCCCGCCCCUGAGCACAUUCUUGGGGAUUGCAAAAUACAGUUGAUGAGAGCGCAGAAUAAGCAGGAUGAGAAUGGUGACCAACCUCAUGAAAAGCCCCAGUUCCCUCCUGUUUUUGUCAAGAGGCGUGAUCUGCAAGACCCAAAGGUUUGCGAUCACCCGCUGUACCACUGCUUGGAAGAAGACYGGGAUAGUGAUGAUUGGGAGAGUGAUUCGUCUGCGCUUGCCACAGCCGCUUCUUCUUCUUCGCCUGCAUCCUCUCCCGCAACUGCAACCAACGUUCCGCUUCUUGAACACUCCAAGAGGAGUCAAGUGUUGGAUGACCCUAUUGAGUCUCUUGAGAAGUGCGAGCAAGAAGUCAAAGCGUUGAAUGCGACCGACACCAAUCUGAUCCUUCCACGGGAAUUCGACCAUGUUAAUCCAAUUACGAAAUGCACCAUAGCACGGGAUUUGGCCAAAGCCCGGAAUGGCAAUGGUCCUGAACUUCCUAGUUGGAUCCACUUGUGGAGCAAUGGAGCAGCCAGAUGUUCUGGGCUGGACCGCGAAUCUUGGAUAUCCUGCCAGACGACCGAAAUGCGGCAGAAUUGGAUGGAAAUUCUAGUCAAUAAUGGGAUCGUCGAGCCUUCUGGCUCUAAAUUAAAGAAGAGGCAAGUCGUGGAGACGCCUGUUCUCGAUGGACCUUCGGACUUUACGACGACGACCACAUCUUCCUCUCCGCCCACGAGCAUGGUGUCUUCUAGCAACAUGUCCACGGUCAUCGCAUCACCAACGGUCACCGGAUCAUCUUCAAGCACUUCUUCGGCUGUUGCAACACCCACUGAAGAGCCAAAAUUGCCCACUCGUAUCGAAGUAGACGCUGCGAAAUACCACACCAAUUGGCUGACCCUGGAUGAAGAGAGCGCCCUCCCAGCCUCCGCGUUGGUUGAUCUCCUCCUCAUACUUGUGCCGGAGGAUAUGAGGAUUGAGAAGAUGAAUCUUGAGCCGAAGAAUGGAACGUCUGCCAACGCCACCUCUACUGUCAAUCCCAGCACCACCAUGGGAAUUCCUGGCGUUACGACCACUGCGAUGAGCACUGAGCCCGCCUCUUCCACUGUCACUCCUACUCAGCAGUCCCCGGGCUCUACGGUUACUUCUACCGGUAUCAGCACUGCUUCGGCUACUCCGACCCCUCUCUCGAUCUAA